AUGUCAGAUACAGACGAACUCCUUUUAUCAUCUUACGACACCGACGAAGAUAGCGCGGCGCUCUCAGACUCUACCGUCGACGACACAGACACCAGACAGGCUCGCCUCGACGCCUUACUCGAGUCAAUUGCAUCGAUACCCCCAAUUGUUGACAUCCUCCUCACCAAUCUCUCCUACAAGGACAACCUGGCCUGUCUACACGUCUGCAAGCUCUGGUCUUCAAUAGCCCAAGGCUACCUCUGGCGACACGUCCGCUUCCACUUUGACAGAGCCGGACCCGUCCCCCUGACACCUGCCCAAAAUGCCAUCAUCCGUAGCAGAGUUCACCGGAUCCGGUCUCUAGCCACACCCUUGGCCGACACCACUUUCCUCGACAUGCCUUGCACUCAACUUAAAUCCCUAGAGAUCUGGCCCGGAACAAACCUUACCGUCCCCAACUUUCUUACGGGUGUCUUUCACGAGGCGGAAGCACCUCUCCAAACAUUUCACGUAGGACCCUCCGCCCUGGAUCUUAUUCCUAUGAACCGCCAUCUGUCGAGCAUUUCCUUCAAGCAAAUCGAACACCUCUCACGCUCGUUUACUCCAGAGCUCUUCUUGUCCUUCUCCAAGCUCCCACUCCAGUCUCUGCGCCUCGGUGUCACCUGGCACGUUAGCGAAACGCUUCCCCUUGCAGCCUUCCUCGCCCAUUGCCCUGCCACACUCGAGAGACUGGAAUUAUCCUUUGAUCGUCGCCUCCGGAGCUUUUUCGGACAAUUCCUCGACGAGGCCUCCAUGACCUCUGAACAGGCAGCACAACUGCCAUGGUCACCACUGCCCGUCCUUAAAACUCUAAAGAUAUCUCCAUCCUUUCCUAUUCGUGAUGUUACUAUGGUCGUCUUGCCUUUACUUCGACAUUGCCCCAACCUGGAGGAACUGUGGAUGCCGCCCCUGCGCUUUAUCGACAUGGCUGAGUUUUUCAACCUGAUCCUCCGGAACAGUCUCUCCAUCAAAACAUUACGUCUCUCUCCACCAUGCGAGUCACAACGACUGGGAUGUUAUCCAGGCUCUCUCUCCCAAGACCUUUUGAGGGUUGCCAACACCUACAGAGGCCUACGCGAAGUUGAGCUGGAGGUCAAGAUUCAGGAAGAGUACCCUGUCAUUCCGACCUUGGUGUUCAAUUCGGGGUGGUCGUUGGAAAUUAUCGACCUGAGCUGUCAUAUACCCGAGUUUGAGAUCGUUAAAAACCCUUACGUUACGCCCAUCCUCAAGAAUUGCGGUCGACUCAAGCGACUGGCGAUCAACGGCCAAGGACGUGGGAGAGGCUUCGUCAGUCUGCGUGACCUUGUUGAAACUAAUUGGGCGUCUAACCGGCUUGAGAGUCUUACGAUCGUUGUCAGCGAGAUGGAGAAUGAAUACCGGACAAACGGAUGGUUUGUAGAGAAGUUUGUAAAGAACCAGGAAGACAAUGAACAGCUGCAAGAGGACAUUGCCAUGCUUCUUUUCCAACUCAGCAUGAAGUACCGCGCUCAGAAAAACUAUACGGGUCCGAUUCCUGCCUGGUUGGAGGCUGAGACCGUUCUGCUGCCCUUUGCGGCUGCGGUCAAGCAUACGGAUGGAGCCAUGAGCCUUGCAGCAUGGAAGAGAAUCAGACCCGUGUAUUCAGAGCCCCUCUGCUAG